GACUGGGACUGGGCCCCUCGGCGGGCGAGACCCAGCACGGCGGCCGCGGGCGGGAUGGAGGACGACGAGGAGGAGAUCACCGCCGCCACGCUGCGGGGCGAGCCCCGGCCGCCGCCCAUCUCGGCGCUGUCCGCCUUCAGCUAUGUCCCGCCGCGGCGCCUGGACCCCAAGGAGCACAGCUACUACUACCGCCGGGGCAAGACAGGAAUCAUUUCCCUCUAUGACUGUGUUUUUAAGAAGAACCCUGGUUAUAAUCAAAAAUUGCACCGAGAUGACAGAGAACAUGCAAAAAGUCUGGGACUUCAUGUCAACGAGGAGGAGUGGGAGAGGCCAGUCGGGGUGCUGACGUCCUCCGUCUAUGGGAAGCGCAUACAGCAGCCGGUGGAGCCUCUGAACCGGGACCACGGCCGCGCCAACCAUGUGAGGGCCGACUUCUACCGCAAGAAUGAUAUCCUCAGCAUCAAGGCGCCCGGCUUUGGGCACAUUUCUCCAGCUUGACGCCCUCCCUGUGGCCUGAACCUCACAACCCACGGGCAAGUGAGGUGGCCUUAUUCCCCCCUUGCCGACAUCUCAGAGCUGGCCUGAUGCCUCUGCUGCACCUCAACAGUGGGAAGGACGGGGCCACAAGCCACUUUCUCUCAUGCUGCCUUGGUGAAGAACCUGGCCAAACUCCUUUGAUACUUAUGAUGUUUAAAAAAAUCUAGUGUGAUGGUUUUCAAAUAUAAUUAUUUCAGAUGAAAUGAUGCUGGAGACUGAUCCAUUGUGAGCACCCAAAUAAAAUGAAAACUUUGUUCUCACU